CCUCCGCCUCCGUCAACCACCCGCCGCGCUUCCUCAUCGACGGCCAGACGGAGAUCGUGCUGCGCCUCAAGGAGGGGCCCGACACCCCCGUCGGGUCGCUGAUCUACCGGCUGCGCGGCGCCGACCCCGACGGCGACCCGCUCACGUUCGGCGUGCGCGAGGCGGCGGGCGGCGGCAGCGAGGUGCUGCGCGUGGAGCGCGCCGGCCCCACCGAGGCCAACGUCUACCUGCGCAAGGAGCUCGACCGCGAGACGCAGGACGAGUACGCGGUGGUGCUGACGCUGACGGACGGGCACCUGGGCGACGGCAACUUCGUCACGCAGAGCCUGUUGCUGCUGGUGGAAGACGUGAACGACAACGCGCCCGCCUUCAAGCCCUACCAGCCCACGGUGGCGGUGCCCGAGGGCACGGCUCCCGGACGCACGCUCGCCACGCUCCACGCCACCGACCCCGACGAGGGCCCCUACGGCCAGGUUGUGUACUACCUCGAGGAGAUGGACGGCGAUGACAAGACGUUCGGCAUCUCAACUGUCAAUGGGAAAGGCGUCAUCCGAUUGCUCGGCGAGCUGGACUACGAGCGCAAGUUUCUGUACCAGCUGCGAGUGUUGGCUAUCGACAGAGCCAACAACGGAAGGGUGAACACGGGCACGGCGGCGCUGCUGGUGCAGGUGCAGGACGUGGAGGACCAGCCGCCCGUCUUCGUGGCCGUGUCGCCCGUCACCAGGGUGAGCGAAGACGCGCGGGUCGGCACUUCCGUCCUCCAAGUUAAAGCAAUUGAUGGUGACAGAGGAAUCAACAAUCCAGUCACAUAUUCUUUAGUGCCAGGUGCUCAAACAAGCUUUAACAUUGACCCGAAAACUGGAAUAAUUUUCACUCAGGAGAAACUGGAUCGAGAAAGUCCAGACAAUAGCAAUGGUGCAUAUAUUCUGAAGAUAAUUGCUCAAGAAAAUUCGAAAGUUGUGUCUCCACCUCCAACUGCUAGCACUGAAGUUACUAUUAUCAUUACAGAUAUAAAUGAUGAGAUUCCUACGUUUCGCAGUCCAUUUUAUGAAGCAGUAGUGAAUGAAAAUGCUCAAACUAACACACCCAUAACUUUUUUGAAAGGAGCAUUACCUCAAGUGUAUGAUCAUGAUCAGGGCAAUAAUGGAACUUUUCAAAUGUUUCUUGAUGGCGAUAAAGGAAUAUUCGAAGUGACACCUCCAAAAGGAAUCAAUGAAGCUUCUUUUUUAAUAAGAGUUAAAGAUCCAACGAAACUGGAUUUUGAGAAACUUACAUUUUUAAAUUUUUCAAUUAUUGCCAAAGAAAUGGUAUUGAACAAUCCAAAAUAUAGUUUGGUUCCUGUGACAGUUCACAUUAAAGAUAUGAAUGAUAAUUUUCCAGAGUUUACUCAACCGUAUUAUGAGGUAUCAGUUAGAGAAAAUGCUGAUGUUGGAACUACAGUUGCUUGGAUCCAAGCACUUGAUGAUGAUUCAGGAAAUUUUGGUACUCAAGGAAUUCGUUACACCAGUCUCGGAGGAAGCAUGUCUGAUUUACUUUCAUUAGAUCCAGUCACUGGUAUCAUUACGAUUAAGUCAACCGGCCCCUCUUUUGAUCGGGAAUUAGUUUCUCGGCACUAUUUGACUGUUGAAGCACGAGAUGAUUUAGGAAAUGGCAACAGAAAUUCAGUUCAACUGGUGGUAAAUAUUGAAGAUGUUAAUGACAAUCCACCAAUUUUCCUAAGGACUAAAUAUGAGGCUAGGCUAUUUGAAAACAGCAUUGACUUUGAAUCUCCAUUAUUACUUGAAGCACAUGAUAAUGAUUUAAAUGGAACUCAAAAUAGUAAAAUUCAGUUUAGAAUUGCAUCUGGUGAUCCAUUUGGUAAUUUCUCAAUUGAUCCAACGUUGGGAUUGAUGCAGCCUCUUACUCCAAUUGAUUUUGAACAGUUACUGCCACCAGGAAAAGUUGCUAUCACCAAUGUCCUUCCAUUAAACCUAGUUGUGUUGGCACAUGAUAUGGGUGAUCCCAGCCUGGCUUCUGAAGUUCCAGUUGUGAUUUAUGUUCAAGAUAUUAAUGAUCAUGCGCCUUUGUUUGAGCAUUCACAAUAUGCUCGAUCAAUCCAUGAAGAUAUGCUUGGAGGUAGCUCUAUCAUGCAGGUAAAGGCAUGGGACGAUGAUGGUUCCUCUCCUAAUAAUGUGGUUGUCUAUCGAAUUCAAGAAGGAGCUGAAGACAAAUUUGUGAUUGAUGCUGAAACUGGUGUGGUUAGUGUUGCACAUGGUGCAAAUCUUGAUCCAGAUCGGACAGAUCCUAAAACUACCAGAUACACUUUAAGAGUGGUUGCUCUUGAUGGAGGAAUAGGAGAGGAACAACUUCAGGCUUUAGCAAUUGUGAAUAUCUCUAUAAUAGAUGUGAACAACAAGGUUCCUGUUUUCUUGGAUCCAGGUGUUCUAAGAGUUAAAGAAAACACACAAGUUGGACAGUACAUUCACAAAAUUCAAGCUAUAGACCCAGAUGACAAACCAAUUCUUCGGUAUCGUCUAGAUGCAAGUAAUUCCGAAGCACGAAGUGAAGAAGGAACAUUAAUUAAAAGUUCAGAGUAUGAUUUUAUGAGUAUGUUUGAGUUAGAUCCUAUAAGUGGAUAUUUAAGAGUGGUAAAAAUUCUGGAUAGAGAAAGAGUUGAAACUAUACGCCUUGGUCUUACUGUUGAAGAUUUGGCUGCAGCAAAAGGCAAACAGGUUUCUAGUGCCAUAUUGACAAUUAUUAUAGAAGAUGAAAAUGAUAACAAUCCCAAAUUCAGAAGACCAUUUUACAGGAGAUCAGUAACUGAAAACAGUAAAAAUGGGGUAACCAUUAUUAAUAUAGUAGCGGAUGAUGCUGAUAAAAAUAGAACUAUAACAUAUUCCUUAGAAGGACCAAGAAGUACAGCAGAGUUUGUACACCUUGAUGAAGACACAGGAGAAGUUGUGGUUGCCAGCAAAAUAGAUCGAGAACAAACUCCUUGGUUGAAUUUCACUGUUCGAGCAACUGAUUCUGGUUUUCCACCACGUUCCAGUUUGGCAGAUGUAUUCAUCCAAAUACUUGAUGAAAAUGACAACAAUCCAUUUUUCAUUGGUGAUCUGAACAAUAUUACUGUUCGAGAAGAUGCUCCUGUUGGGACUGAAAUUGCAGUUAUAGAAGCUCAAGAUCCAGAUGUUGGCGAUUUUGGAAAAAUUACAUUCCUCUUAGAUCGCAUGUCAUCACAAGGAAAGUUCCAAAUCAAUGCUGAAACAGGAAUUUUAAGUGUAGCUGAUGUAUUGAACCGGGAGGAACAAAGUUCCUAUCUUUUGAUAAUUGAAGCCUGGGAUAACUAUCAGUUUGGUUAUGCAACUGGAGAGAGCAGAAAUGCCUUUAAGCAAAUUGGGGUUAAUGUUGUAGAUGUUAAUGAUGAAACACCUGUGUUUGAAAUUAUAUAUGGGUGUGUGACUGUGAAUGAAUUCCAUCCAGUUCGUGAAGUUGUAACUGCAAUUAAGGCUUCUGAUGCUGAUGACCCAAAUACUCCAAAUGGUCGAAUUAAAUUUUCAAUUAUAGAUGGUAAUGAACAAGGUAUGUUCAAAAUAGAAAAUAUUGAUUUUACAACUGCAAGAAUUGUUACUUUAAAAUCUCUGAAGAAGCUUUAUGGCAAUUACACCCUGAAGAUACAAGCUCAAGACUUAGGAAUACCUCCCAAUUCAGCUACAAUGGAUCUUGAAAUUUGUGUGACUGAUUUUAAUGACAAUGCACCUAGAUUUGUCAAUCCAACUCAUAAUAUAACUAUAAGAGUUCCUGAGAAUGCCACAAUAGGAAGCACAAUUAUUGAAGUCAAAGCAGAAGACGAUGAUAUAGGGCCUAAUGCUGCUAUUCGUUAUCGCCUCAAACCAGAUUCAACAAAUGGUUGGAAAACAUUCAGCAUAAAUGAUAAAACUGGUGUAGUGGUUUUAAAAGAACCACUUGAUAGGGAGAGACAGAAAAUUUACCAGGUGCGCGUAGAAGCCUAUGAUCUAGGAAUCCCAACAGCAUUGUCUUCAGAUUUAGAACUGACAAUUUAUGUCAGAAAUGUCAAUGACUAUGAACCUCAAUUUCUAGUUAAUGAAUUUUUUGUAAAUUUUACUGAACAUGCUGCUCCUAGCUCAGAAAAACGGCUUUUAGUCGAAACUGUUGACCGAGAUGAAGUAGAUGAAUUAGAUGAUCCUCCAACUCCUGUAUGUUACUAUAUUGUAAUUGGAAAUGAAAAUGAAUUAUUUAGUUUGGAUGCUGUUACACAUGAAUUAACAGUAAUGAGAGAACUUGACCGAGAACAACAAGAAAGGCAUGUUUUAGUGGUAAAAGCUACGGAAGACUGUUUAGAAAUUCCUACAAAUAUCAGUGCAUUUGAUCCUUCAGAUGACACACUAUUAAAAGUUAUCAUCCAAAUAUUGGACAUCAAUGAUAACCCACCUCAUUUUGUGAAAAAAGUAUUCACUGGGGGAGUGAGUACAGAUGCUGACUUUGGAACCGAAUUCAUGCAAGUGAAGGCAACAGAUGCAGAUGUUGGGGAAAAUGCAGUAGUGAAGUACUUCCAAAUAGGUCGAAUUCAGAAAUCUCUCACUGAAGGAUUGGAAAAUAUUCAAAAACCGCCAUUUCUUGUAAAUGAAAAUACAGGGGCUGUGGCCCUGAACUUUGAUCCACAGAAAGGAAUGAAAGGAUAUUUUGAUUUCAUGGUUUUAGCAAAUGAUACUGAUGGUCUGCAAGACAUGGCACGAGUGUAUAUAUAUCUACUUAGAGAAGACCAAAGAGUAAAAUUUGUACUUCGACAGCAACCAGCAGAAAUUCGUGAAAAGAUUGAUAUACUUCGGGAGGUAUUGAGCAAUGUCACCGGAGCUAUUGUGAAUGUAGACGAGUACAAAAUUCAUGAAAAUCAUGAUGGCUCUGUUGAUAAAACCAAAACUGAUCUGUAUAUUCAUCUAGUGAACCGUGAUGAUAAUUCAAUUAUGGAAGUGACUGAUGUACUUCGCUUGGUAGAUGAAAAUAUUGAACUUCUUGAUGCUCUCUUUAAGGAAUUCAAUGUUCUGGAUACCCAGCCAGCUGAAGCUUUGGCUCUUAAAGCUGACACGGAAGGACUAAUGAUGAUUUGGCUGGUGGGAACAACAAUAUUCCUUGGACUUUUACUAAUAUUAGUUCUGUCAAUAUGUCUUUCCCAAAGAGCUCGAUAUAAGAGACAACUCAAAGCUGCUACAGUUGCAGCAUUUGGAUCCAAUGAAUCCGGUUUGAAUCAUGCUACAGGAGGUCAAGUGCCCAACACCAAUAUGCACAGUGUGGAAGGAUCUAAUCCAAUGUGGAUGAGAGCAUAUGAAAAUGAAUGGUAUAAAGAAGAUGAAUCAGUCAGCACGUCUGAACGGGAUUCCUUGGAUGAAAAUGCAGUUGGUAAUGAGGAAGCUCGAACGAAUAUGGAAGGUAGUAAACCAUUUUGUAUAUACAACGGUGGAAGCUCCAACAACGUUUCCAACUUGCUACCUGAAGGAACAGCAGUAAAGGAAAGAAAUGAUUUGAACAGAAGUGUUAUAUACCAUGAAAACUUGUAUCAACAUCUUGAUAAAAUUAGUAAUCCUCUAAUUGCCAAAAAGCUAGAAACAACUGAGUUAUGAUUGAAAAGGUUGACUUUUUGAAAAGGAAAUAGCUUGACUAGUUUAAGAGUGAUUUUGAUAUAAUUUAAACUUAAGAGUUUAUUUCUAGAAGGUCAAUUAAUUUUUCAUUGAUAGUAAUUUAUUUAUACCAGAUUUAGAAUAUUGUACCAAAGAAUAGUAAUAAUGCUAAAUUAUUUAAGGAAAGAAAAGACAAAUUUUCAAAACAUUUUGACAGUUCUAACGUUUUAGGGGUUUUGAGUAAGAGUUUCCAAUUGUUCUCUAGUUUAAAAUUUGUAAUGAAAAUUAUUUCAAAAGCAGAAACAGUUUAUUGAGACAUUUUGAUUAUUUCUUUCAGUGAAUACAGGUUGUUUUUAUUUUGUGAGUGUAUACUUUUAACUCCAACAUAUGUAUCAGGAAUAUUGUGAUAAAUGAAAAAAUCAUUUAAAUAGGUCAUGAGAUGAAAAAAUACAGGAAAAAUUUUGUAAUUAAAGAAAACAUUCUUUAAUUACCUUGAAGAAAGAACAGAAAAAUAAUGUUACAAAUAAUGGAGGAAGGUAGAGACGUUUGACUGUUUAGGAGGUUUGAUCCACUUUCACAUUUCAAAAAUGGAUUUUAUUCAGACAUACUACUUUAUACCAGGAACUUUCCUAUUGCUUUUGUGUUCUUUACGUUUCUCCAAAACUGAAUGUAAGCAAAGCUUCUUGUCCUCAGUGGGUGCAAUUAAAUUUAGUGGCAGUUGUUUUCAGUUGUGAAAAGAAAUUUCAGUUGAUGGAAAAUCUUUGUAGCAAAUAUUUAGGUGUACCAGCUGUAGAGCUUUGCCCAGAAAUCGUGUAGCUUUCUUUAUUUUGGUUGGGAAUUGUAUUUGAGACUACUUUCAUUUCAGACAAGCGUAUUAUUUGGUGAGUUCUUAUUAUGUUAAAAAUAAAAGGGUUGGUAUGAAAGGCAUCUUACAGGUUGAUAGCUACUGAUCAUUUCACAAAAAAUGAUUUGAGAAUUUGAGUCAAAUCUCCCAUUGCAAGGGAAGUUUAUAAAUUUUUCCCUUUCAUGAAUAAAUGCUCAUAAAUCACUAUUGAACAGAAUCUUUUAUGAAAAAUGAUAUUGUUUCUUUAUUGUGUUUACCUACCACAGUUUGGAUAUGUUUGUUGUGAAAUAUUUAUGAAUAAUUUAAGACUAUUUUAGUUAAAAGCUCAAAAAGUCAAACCUCACCUUCAAACAUAGAUAGCAAAUACAAUGUCUUCUGCAUUUUUUUCUUAUAUAAUUUUGUUAUGUGCUAAGUCAAGUUUUGAGAAAGUCCAUUUUUUACUAGAAGCUAUUUGGAGAUGAACUUUGUUAAAAUGUAAAACAAUUUAGGAUGGCCCAAAAAUGUCCAAAAAGUCCUUUCGCCUUUAUCUUAGCUACUUAGAAUUAUUCUGGACAGGUCCUUUCACUGGGAGAAAGCUGGUCUUCCUGAAGUCUCCCCAAUUGUUGAAAUUCAUGGUUUCCAGAGUUGCAUUGCUAUCAACUGUUCUACUGAAAAUGCCAAUCUUUUUCAGUUUUGAAUAAAAAAUUUUCAGUUUAAUUUUCACUAUGUCACAAUGACAAAAGUACUCAGAGCCUCCUUUACUCUGAGGUAGCUCUUUGUGUUGAUUCCUUGAAAGAGAUGGCAGCUGCUGAUCAGGUUGUGGAGACUGAACAGGGUUUUAGGGGGUAGGGUAAAUCACAUUACUGUGGUUGAGUUCCAAUUAAGGUUUCACUGUCUGAGAGCUCAUUUCACGUUCAUAUAAAAGUUAUGUAAGGUCCAUAAUAUUAAAGACUUCUCUUUUUCUUAUUCUUUCAAGGUUCUUAAGAUUAUGCCACAUUUAUUUUUAAUUUAAAAAAAAUUCUAUCUAGCUCCCUGUCCUGAUGGAAUAUAAUUGCCUAUCAUAGAUGUCAAAAAUGAUCCUAGUUAAAAAGUUAUUUUCUUUCUUCCAAAGCUAUUGUGUUUGAAUUUAUUUUGAUCAUUUAAUUAAUUUAUCUAAGAUAUAGCUUUUAUUUGCUUAAGUAUAAUCAGUUAUAUAAGAAAAAUGAAUUAGUUUCUUUCUUUGGAUAAUUGGAUCCAAUCUUUCCACUCUUUGCCAAUGAUCAUCAUUUUUUAUUCAAUUACGUUUUGUUUCAACUACUUUCUACUGGUUUUGUUUCUACAACUUUGAACAAACUUUGCAAAAUAUUUUUGGACAUUUUUAUUCACUUUGUGAUUGAUAUGUACUUUAGUUGACAAUGUUAUGAUUGCCAUAAAUAUUAUUCUAUUUUCAUUUGACAUUAAAUGUUUGCAUACCUCAACUUGAAUACUUUGUUGUUUCUGAUUAUACAACGCUACAUCGCAUAGCAAAAAAUUGAAUAAAGUAAAAAAUCCAUUUUAAAAUUUUUUAAUGGAAGAUACUCUUUGAAUAUUUGUGAAAAAUAUAAAGAUGAGUUGAAUUUUUGUACAAAAUAGUAAGAAAUAAAAUGCAGAAAGAAAAAUGUUUAAAUUAAAAUUAUUACAGUUUUUAGAACUCCUGGUACACAGAUUUAAGAUAUAAUUAUAUUAAAUGAUGUUCAACUUAUUAACAUUUAAUAUUUUGUCCACUAAUUACUAUUUCAUCUUAAGUUGAACAAAAUAUUUUUCAUUUCGCUUCAAAUAAUUUCAAAAUGAAAAUAAUGAAACAAAUUUGUUUUAUAUGUACCAAGAAUUCUGAUUAAGCAAUUUUGUUGAAUUACUGUUUAAGUAAAAAGAGGGUACAAUAUAUAUACAAAGGCCAGACAGUAGAAAGUUUGAGGCAUUGUGUAUACUUUACAUCAAAAACAUUCAGUAUUGUAAAUAAUGUAUAUAAACUCGGUACUGAACUGUGUGCAAGUUUUCUUAUUGAGCCUUUUUUUGUAUAAAAAGAUUUUCCAUAAGGUAGGAUGUCUAAGAGUGAUACCAGUGCAUUUACUUUUAUGAGUUGUGAUAUGUAAAUAUAUGUGAGAGACCUGAUAGCUAUAUAAUAGUAUCUUGUGUCAUUUGAUUGUGUUUCAUUGAUACAUCGAACAUUGUACACUUUAAUCAAUAUUUUUACAAAGUAACUUUUAUAAAAUAAAUUAA